AUGUCCUCGAACCCAGACAAGGAGGUCGUGCUCGUAACAGGAGCAACCAACGGUAUCGGUCUGGACACCGUCAUUUAUAUUGCCUCUGCAUCUCCAAAGUACCAUGUCAUAAUCGGCGCGCGCAACAUGUCGAAAGGCGAAACAGUCUUGAAAGAUGUGCAAGCCAAAGCAGGCAUCCAAGGCACACUCUCCCUGGUGCAACUCGACGCCAAUGACGACGAUUCUAUCAAAGCUGCUGCCAAGAAGAUCGAGGAGGACUUCAGCAAGCUCGAUGUGCUUAUCAACAACGCUGGUAUAUGUCCCGAAAGAGACGGCACAUGGCCAGACCGAGAGCAGAUGCGCACCACGUUCGAAACCAACGUCUUUGGCCCUACCAUCCUCACAGAAGCUCUCAUUCCCGCAAUGAAGCGCUCAUCCAAUCCGCGCAUCAUCAACGUGUCCUCUACUAUGGGUAGCAUCACUUUGAUCUCCGAUCACAGCUCUCCCUACGCCCAGGUUAAAUACCCCGGAUAUCGCAUGACUAAAGCUGCGCUCAACAUGUUGACGGCAUACCAGUACGUCCAGCUCAAGCCAGAUGGCUUCAAGGUCUGGACGUACUGCCCAGGCUAUGUGGUGACGGAUAUAGGAGACGACAAAGAGCAAAGGAAGGAACAAGGCCUUGAGAGUUCAGAGACAAGUGCGCUAGGACUGUUACAGAUUGUGCAAGGCGAGAGAGAUGCUGAUGUAGGAGGGUUUGUCGGCAGAUAUGGACAGAAGUAUGACUUCAAUUCAGAAGGAAAGAGCAACAUGUUGGGAUCAUUGGCUUCUGCGAGCGUAAUGCUCUUCGCUCAAAGCGCACUGGCAUCCAAGUCUGACAUCCGUUUCAACCAUAUUCAAGUCAUCGGAACGCACAACUCCUACCAUCGUGAAGUCUCACUCGCCGAGCGACCAGUCUUUGAGAAAUACGUACCGUCUCCAGAAGACUACUACUACUCGCACGCAGAGCUCGACAAUCAAUUGGAGUACCAGUCCGUGCGCUCUUUCGAGCUCGACUUACAUUCGGAUGAAAAGGGCGGCCUGUACUAUCCCCCUGUCAUAUGGACGCUCUCAAACUUGACAAACGCCACCACUCCUUACAAUGGUGACAUUCUGAAGAAGCCAGGUAUCAAGGUGUUCCACGUCACAGACUUCGACCCCGAUUCUGUCUGCCACACCUUCAUCGACUGUCUCAAGCAGUUGAAGAGUUGGUCAGAUGCACAUCCAAGACACGUCCCUAUCACUAUUGAUCUCGAGCUCAAGACCGAUGCGCCGGCAUGUUCAUUAGGCGGUGUCUGCCCUGGCGAAGCGACAAACUGGACCCUCCCUCACCUCUUGAACGUCGACGCGGAGAUCCUCUCUGUAUUUCCUAAGAAGCAACUCAUUCGCCCUGAUGACGUGCGCAAGAGUGGUCUUACCCUCGAGCAGUCCAUCUUGCAACAAGGCUGGCCGAAGCUAAAGGAUGUUCGCGGCCGCCUUCUAUUUUUCUUCGAUAACGACCCAAAACCCAGUGACCCGAACUCGCCUCGCGAGCUCUACAAAACCGGCGCCCCCUCGCUACAAAACCGCACUGUCUUCACCAAUGCGCUCGAAGGAUCUUCCGAUGCUGCAUUCAUCAAAUACAAUGAGCCGCGCGGCAACGGCACAGCAGAGAUCCGGCGUCUUGUCAAGAAGGGCUACUUGAUCCGAACACGUGCUGAUAUACCCAUCGAUACCAUCUUGAACCGCACUACAGAGAUGAGGGACUUAGCUUUCGAGAGUGGUGCGCAGAUUGUCAGUACCGAUUUCCCAGCUUGGGGCAUGAGCAGUCGAUGGGGUUGGGACUAUGUCGCCAGGCUUCCCGGAGGAUUGGCUGCGAGAUGCAAUCCUCUUAUCGCACCGGAAGGCUGCAAGGACAAAGAUCUGGAGUAG